GGAGAGGAGCAGGAGGGAGGCAAAAGGAGAAACAACACCCCACAACUAGAAGGGGAAAAAGGAAAGAAAAAGAAACCCACCCACCACCAGCCCCCCACCCCCAAACAAAAAAAUAAAAUAAAAAGAAAAGGAAAGGAAAAAGAAAAAAAAAGCAAAGAAAAAAAGAAAGAGAAAAAAUCGUGUGGCGCGCCGCCUGGUUCCCGGGAAGACUCGCCAGCACCAGGGGGUGGGGAGUGCGAGCUGAACGCCGCUGGAGAGUGAGCAGCCCUAGCAGGGAUGGACAUGAUGCUGUUGGUGCAGGGCGCUUGCUGCUCGAACCAGUGGCUGGCGGCGGUGCUCCUCAGCCUGUGCUGCCUGCUGCCCUCCUGCCUCCCGGCUGGACAGAGUGUGGACUUCCCCUGGGCGGCCGUGGACAACAUGAUGGUCAGAAAAGGGGACACGGCGGUGCUUAGAUGUUAUUUGGAAGAUGGAGCUUCAAAGGGUGCCUGGCUGAACCGGUCAAGUAUUAUUUUUGCGGGAGGAGAUAAGUGGUCAGUGGAUCCUCGAGUUUCAAUUUCAACAUUGAAUAAAAGGGACUACAGCCUCCAGAUACAGAAUGUAGAUGUGACAGACGACGGCCCAUACACGUGUUCUGUUCAGACUCAGCAUACACCAAGAACAAUGCAGGUGCAUCUAACUGUACAAGUUCCUCCGAAGAUAUAUGACAUCUCAAGUGACAUGACCAUCAAUGAAGGAACCAAUGUCACCCUUACUUGCCUGGCCACUGGGAAACCAGAGCCUUCCAUUUCUUGGCGGCACAUCUCCCCAUCAGCGAAACCAUUUGAAAAUGGACAAUAUUUGGACAUUUAUGGAAUUACCAGGGACCAGGCUGGAGAAUAUGAAUGCAGUGCAGAAAAUGAUGUGUCAUUCCCAGAUGUGAAAAAAGUCAAACUUGUCGUAAACUUUGCUCCUACAAUUCAGGAAAUUAAAUCUGGCACAGUGGCCCCUGGACGCAGUGGACUGAUCAGAUGUGAAGGAGCAGGUGUGCCGCCUCCGGCCUUUGAAUGGUACAAAGGAGAGAAGAAGCUCUUCAAUGGCCAACAAGGAAUUAUUAUUCAAAAUUUUAGCACAAGAUCCAUUCUCACUGUUACCAAUGUGACACAGGAGCACUUCGGCAACUAUACUUGUGUGGCUGCCAACAAGCUAGGCACAACCAAUGCGAGUCUGCCUCUCAACCCUCCAAGUACAGCCCAGUACGGAAUUACCGGGAGCGCUGACGUUCUGUUCUCCUGCUGGUACCUUGUGUUGACACUGUCCUCUUUCACCAGUAUAUUCUACCUGAAGAAUGCCAUUCUACAAUAAAUUUAAAGACCCAUAAAAGGCUUUUAAGGAUUCUCUGAAAGUGCUGAUGGCUGGAUCCAAUCUGGUACAGUUUGUUAAAGGCAGCGUGGGAUAUAAUCAGCAGUGCUUACAUGGGGAUGAUCGCCUUCUGUAGAAUUGCUCAUUAUGUAAAUACUUUAAUUCUACUCUUUCUUUGAUUAGCUACAUUACCUUGUGAAGCAGUACACAUUGUCCUUUUUUUUUAAGACGUGAAAGCUCUGAAAUUACUUUUAGAGGAUAUUAAUUGUGAUUUCAUGUUUGUAAUCUACAACUUUUCAAAAGCAUUCAGUCAUGGUCUGCUAGGUUGCAGGCUGUAGUUUACAAAAACGAAUAUUGCAGUGAAUACAUGAUUCUUUAAGGCUGCAAUACAAGCAUUCAUUUCCCUGUUUCAAUAAGAGUCAGUCCACAUUUACAAAGACGCAUUUUUUCUUUUUUUGAUAAAAAAGCAAAUAAUAUUGCCUUUACAUCAUUUCUUCAAAAUAUAACACAUAUCUAGAUUUUCCUGCUCGCAUGACAUUCAGGUUUCAGGAAUGAGCCUUGUAAUAUAACUGUGCAGCUCUGCUUCUCUUUCCUGUAAGUUCAGCAUGGGUGUGCCUUCAUAAAAUACUAUUUUUCUCUUCAUCUACAAUGAAGAAAAAUGUUUUGCCAAAUCCUACAAUUUGAAAGCAAAAAUAAUCCACAAUGAUGUAGUUGAACUAUAUCUAAAGAAUGAAGGAACUCUUGGACUGUAAAAACUUCUUCCCUCAUUAUCUGUGGGGUUUGAGAAUUUUGCCCCUCAGGAACUCAGUUUUGUGAUGAAAAACAAUUUAACUAACAUAGUACAAGUAAAUUUACCGAAUGAUUUCUUUAGUUGCAGUUACAUAUUAGAUCCACUUUGGUAAAUAAUUCCCUUUGAAAAUGCUAGCACAGUCCAUCCAAGGGAUUACCUACCCAUACAGCAUCUUUCCCUGUCACUAUUCCAAGACCAAAUGUUUAAGAUCGUUUCUCAGAAAGGACACAAAGUCUGAUCACCUAAUAUUACAUGAGUUGGUAAGCACUCAAAAUUAAUUUGGUUCUGUGGCAGGUAACUUGGUAUGAUAGAUGCAGUACUUCCCUGGACAGGAGCAUUUUGCAUAUUUUCCAGCUGAAAACAUCUCUCAGUUGACAGUUUGGAUUGCAUGUUACAUAAAAAAAUUUCCAAAAUAUAUUAUAAUAAAUAUUCCAUACUGGUAUGCAGCACAUCAAACCCUGAAAGAACUAAUUCUCUAAUAAAAUCUUCUCUGUAGCUAUGUAAGCUCGAACAAAUAAGGCCAAAAGAAAGAAAAAGAAAAAAUUACCCUAUUUUAUUUCUUCUGACAUGCUGUAUGUAAGAUGUGAUCAAAUGAAGACGCCAGUGAUGAGAGUAUCAAUGUAUGUUAAUUAUUAAAUUAUGAAUAUUAAAUCAUUUAAAUCACAAUGAAUGAAAACUACAUUUUUGAAGGAAAAUGCUGUUACUCUAUGAAGUAUUAUAUUACAGGAAUAGCUUGAUGGUUUUACUCUUUAUUGAAAAAAGACCAUCACCUUGAAAGCCAUUAUACAAGUUUAAUAAAGCUAACAAUUUCACUACACUUAGAGAGAUUUCUGCAAAUAGCCCCCUUUUGCAAGUCAUAAUAAUUAUAAAAAACUACUAAUAAAGUUUGAUACAAGAAAUUUUGCAGAGGUUGUACAUAUUUACAAUAUCUAAUAUUUUGCCAUAAAAGAGAUGGCUUGAAAAUUGUGAUUUUUUUCCACCUGAAAUUUAGGCCCAAAGUGCACUAUAAAUCUAUUUUAAUUAGAAAAAUGAAUCCCAAAUGAGGAGGCAUAAAUAUACAAGGUUUUCACAUAAUGGCAAUAAUAUGACAUGAUGCUAUUAAAUUUACUCAAUGUAAUAAUUUAUGACAUUAUUUUGACUGAGUAUUAAAAACAGGGUUUUUUUUGAACACAUGGCAUUUUAACUAUGAUUAUUAUUGACUUGCUUUUUAAAUAUUCUUUGUGGAAUUGGUAAGUAAACUACAAUUUUUUGCUUUCUUUUUUGUAUUGCAGCUUUAAAGUGGCACACUCCAUAAUAAUCUACUUACUAGAAAUAGUGGUGCUACCACAAAAGUGUUAACCAUCAGUACCAUUGUUUGGGAGAAAGAAACAUAAUACAUACUAUACAGUGACCACUUUCCUACAGUUAAAAAUACCUCCUCUUCGUAAGGUUUGUAGGGUAAAUGUGAGGUAAAUCGAGGUAUAAACUAUGGAUGAACCAAAUAAUUAGUUCAAAGUGUUGUCAUGAUUCCGAAUUUGUGGAGUCUGGUGUUUUUCCCAUAGAAUGUGACAGAAGUACAGUCAUAGCUCAGUAGCUAUAUGUAUUUGCCUUUAUGUUAGAAGAGACUUUCUUGAGUGACAUUUUUAAAUAGAGGAGGUAUUCACUAUGUUUUUCUGUAUCACAGCAGCAUUCCUAGUCCUUAGGCCCCUGAACAGAGUGAAAUCAUGAGUAUUUAUGAGUUCAAUAUUGUUCAAAUAAGGCUACAGUAUUUGCUUUUUUGUGUGAAUGUAUUGCAUAUAAUGUUCAAGUAGAUGAUUUUACAUUUAUGGACAUAUGAAAUGUCUGAUUACUCCAUUUUAUCAGUCCUGACUGUACAAGAUUGUUGCAAUUUCAGAAUAGCAGUUUUAUGAAAUUGAUUUAUCUUUUGAUCUGUAACAAUUUUUUUCUAGCUAUUCAUUUCAGCAUUAUGUUUCCACAAGGUCCAUUUGUGGGACUCUUUUAGUUGCCCCUGAAGUUUUGUUUCAAAGAAAGAAGAAAAAUAAAGAGUACUUGAGAAAGGAGAGUGGAAAGUAAAGGGCAGAAAAGGGAUGGAGGUAAAGAGAGAGAAAAAAGGGAAGGAGGAAGAAGGAUGAGGGAAGGAAGGAGAGAAGAGGUAGGGAAGGAAGGAAGAAAAGAAAGAAGAAAGCAAGGAAGGAGGGAAGGGAAGAGCUAGAAUAGGGUAGUUGAUUUAAUUUGUUUGCAUUCUUGGUUUAACUCCAAGUGGUGUAAUUAAGUUUUACAAUAAUCCCAUUCAAAACAUAAGUCCUGUUACACCAUUAAGUUCCCAUUGUACAGCAAUUACAUAAAGAAAAGAACUGCCCAAGUUAUAUUAUUGUGUUUUGGUGGGGACACUAAAAGAUCUGAGAGAGAGAAUGUCAAAGUUAAAGCCACUUUUGCAGGGUGGGAGGGAUUAAGACUUAACUGAAAAAUUAAUUCUUCAUCAUAACAUUUUAGCUAUAUCUAGAAAGUAGACUGGAGAACUGAGAAAAUAACCAGAGUAAUUCUGGACAAAAUACGUAUACAAAUACCCCAAUAUGUGAACCCAGAAAGCUCUGAGAAAUUUAUCAAAGCCAAUCAUCUAUAUUGAUCAGAUUUAUUGAACAAUUGUUAAUUUAUCCAUUGUACUUAGCUUUGCGACACAGCCAAAAGUUACCUAUUUAAUCUUUUCAAUAAAAAUUGUUUUUUGAAAUUCAGAAGUGAUUUAAAAAGAGGUCAGGUUUUUAACUAUUUAUUGAAGUAUGUGGAUGUACAGUAUUUCAAUAGAUAUGAAUAUGAAUAAAUGGUAUGCCUUAAGAUCCUUUGAAUAUGUAUUUACUUUAAAGACUGGAAAAAAGCUCUUCCUGUCUUUUAGUAAAACAUCCAUAUUUCAUAAUCUGAUGUAAAAUAUAUUGUACUGUUUCCGAUAGGUGAAUAUAAAGUCAGUUUAUCAAUUAAAAUAUGUAUUUGACUCAUUUAAAAAGUAUUAGUUCACGAGAAAAAAGGAAGAAACAAUAAUUUAACCAUAUUUCUACUAUUUCCUUCUUUAUUUUCCACUGAUCCACUGUACUACACUCAAUUCUUUCAGAUACUCCAAAGCAGUACAGGGCGAAAAUGUUAGAUGCUAUAGUUUCAAAGAGUUCCACAUUGUAGCCUUUCUCUCUGUUACUAAUUCACAAAAGGGUAGACAAACUGAACUACAUCUAGCCUAAAGAAGUUUUCUGGAGAGAUCUUAUUAUCAAUUAUUUAGAACUUUUACCUGCUGAAAUGCAGCAGAGUUAGCAAUAGAGGCUGAUGGUAAAAUUCUGUUGGUUUUAUAGGCUAAGCAUCUGAAAACUCAAAUGCCUAAAGGAGUCAAGCAGAUAAUAUAAUUUGAUAAGCCAACUAGGUAUAAAACAGGGAGUAUAUACUCUACCUCAGAGCAUUCAAAUACGAUUUACUUAAAAACACCUAAACACCUUGCUUUUCAAACAAAAUGUGAUUUGGCUGAAAACCCUUAAUUUCUGAUUGUUAUAGUAUAUAAAUGAGAGCCACCCCAUAUGAAUGAUUUAAACCCUCUUCUCCAAAUCUGUCCAUCUAUGAUGUUCAACUGAAUAAAAGGGAACAGUACGAUAGAUAAGCAAAACAAAAAACCAUACAAAAAGAUCCAUGCUGUUGUAAUAAGCUAUUCUGAAAUAUGGGUGUCAUUGCUAGUCUGGAAAAACCAUAUCUACCAAACCCUUUCCCUGACAAAAAAGAAAAACACACUAAUAAACAUCUGAUUUUCCCACUGA